AUGCGCAUUGUUUUCAUGGACGGGCCACCAUUAACACUUAUAGCUAGGUAUGAAAAAUUCCGCACUGAAUCCAAAACCCCCAACCUAGUAAUCCGAACCAAGCUAUCGGAAAAUCCGAUUGAUCACUUCACUUAUCCAAAUCCAACCCAAACCAAACGCAUUUCGUAUAUUCUGCAUCAUCGAAAAGUAGCUGAGUAUUAA